ACCAAAGGCACCGGUGCCUCUGGGUCGUUCAAGCUGAACAAAAAACCGGGUGAGGCAAAGGAGAAAGCAACCAAGAAAAAACCGGCAGCUAAGCCCAAAAAGCCGGCGGCCAAGAAGCCCGCCAGCGCUGCCAAGAAACCUAAGAAAGCGGCCGCAGUGAAGAAGAGCCCCAAGAAAGCCAAGAAGCCGGCGGCCACCGCGGCCAAGAAAGAGGCCAAGAGCCCCAAGAAAGCUGCUAAAGCUGGCCGC